CUCGUAGCGGCAGUCUCCCCUGCAGAUUAUAGACGACAGAGCAGCUUCAAAGAACGUGCUGGCAGGAUCCAGAUGCCUAUGGUCAAUUCUCCGCUCAUCACCCGAAACCAGGCCGCCGGUGACCAGACUACUGCAGCCCGCGGACAUGAAUUGUUGUCGGCCUCCGAACAUCGUCCCGGUCGAGCGACAAAAUAUCUUAUCACACUGACAGCAGUGUUUUAAGCACACGAAAUCCCACAGUCUAUUAAAUUUCAAACUCUUUAUCAACGAUCUAGCUCUUUACGUGCUUUCAACUGUAAACGAGACCACGAUGGCACCGCUGACGAUCCUUGUCGCUUCAUACACCGACUCGAUCUACACGUUGUCAUUUGAUCCAACACCACCAACAGGAUCUCCGACACUUGAUCUCCUCGCUCGAACACCUGUUGGAUACCGUCCGUCAUGGAUCGCAUCUCAUCCGUCCGAUAAAUCCCUCAUAUAUACAGGGCUCGAACAGACAGAUGGAGAGGUCGUCGCGAUCAAGUAUGGAAGUGGUGGAACCGUCGAGGGAGGAGACGUGGUAGCCAGGGCCAAGAGCGGUGGCGCAGACCCUUGCACCCUUCUUGUCACGGAGGACGAGCUUAUCAUUGGAAACUACAAUUCGGGCACAAUUGCAACCCUUCCGAUAUCGACAUCUGCCCCUUACAUACUCUCACCGAACCCAUGGACGCUUUCGAUGCCCUUUGAACAUGUAGGUCGAAACAAAGCUCGUCAAUCGUCAUCCCACCCCCAUCAAAUCAUCUUCAAUCCACUGAACCAAAAGGAGAAAGAGCUCCUGAUCCCGGAUUUGGGUGUAGACAAGGUCUGGAGACUCACCAAACGAAGCGAUGGCAAGUGGUCAAUUUGCGGUCAUAUUGACUUUGGAGCAGGAGGUGGCCCGCGACACAUCGCAGCUCGAGGAACUACACUUUACACGCUACUGGAGCUGACCUCAAAGCUUGCUGUCCACGCUUUCCCUCCGCUUCCGGCGUCCCCCACUCAUCUUACAUCUAUCUUCACACUUUCCGCACCACUGCCAGUGCCGGAUAACAUGAUCGCAGCGGAAAUUCUGCUACCCGAACCCAACGCAUCCUUCCCUGGGACGUUCAUCUACACGUCCAACAGAAACGACCCUAAUCCAGAGGGUGACACUAUUGCCAUAUUCUCUCUCGCCGCCGGAGAGGGCCAGCCAGAAUUGGUGAACGAAGUGCGUACUGGGCUAAACCAUGUUCGGGGGAUGGAGUUUGGAGGUGAAGAUGAUAAGUAUCUGGUUGUAGGCGGCGUAGAAGGUGGCGGAGUGAAGGUAUUUGAGAGGAUUGACGGUGGCAAGGGACUCGAGGAAAUUGCGAAGCUCAGUGCAGACGUUGUAGGAUGUCCCACUGGCUUCUUGUGGUAUUGAGAAAGUAUCGUGAGGUCA